AUGGCUCCCACCGAACUUGUUCUAUCUCAUGUUCUUAUUGUUUUAAGCUGCAUUGUAGCUCUUCUUUUGUCCAAAGUGAGCGCAAUUGAUGGAUUUGAAUCACAAGAACUUAAGAUUUGCGGGUUUGAUGCGAUAUAUAAUAUUGGUGAUUCAUUGUCAAACACAGGAAACAAAAUCAGAAUAAAUUCUAGUGUAGCGGAAACUCGCCUUCCUGACGGCACAGCUGUUAGAUCCUUGGUACCGCUUGACUACAUUCUGAAGUCGGCCGGUUUUUCAUCCAUCAAAGCUUAUUUGAAUACAAAUGAAACGGACUCUCACAAUGGAGUGAAUUUUGCAUUUUCUGGUGCUACAACUUUACCAGCUAAAGUUCUUGUGCCAAAAUUGAAGGUGGAUGCUGGAGUUAUUGUUAAUACUCUCGGCACACAACUUCAAUGGUUCAACAGAUACUUAAAAGGAUUCUGUCGAAAACCUAAAGAUUGCAAGGAAAAACUCAAGUCAUCUCUCUUUAUAAUGGGAGAGAUUGGAGCAAAUGACUAUAACAUGGCAUUUCACUUUGCCAGUAAAACAAUUGAGGAGGUGAAUAGGAUGGGCCUUGUAUCUGACAACGUAAAAAGCAUCAAGAAAGCCAUUGAAAAAGUCAUUCAUUAUGGUGUCACUCGAGUUCUUGUCCCUGGAAUCUACCGGGUAGGUUGUGCACCAGGCUAUGUUAGCAAGUUCGCAGAAUCUAACACACUAGACAAAUAUGGUUGUGUAAAGGAGUACAAUGAUUUUUUCAACUAUCACAAUGAUCUUCUGCAAGCAAAGCUUGAGAAAUUGAGAAAGAAAUACCCUGGAGUGUCUAUAGUAUAUGGUGAUUAUUAUAAUGCGAUGCAGUUUGUUAUGGACAAUUACAAGAAAUUUGGAUUUGAAUAUAUAACUCAAGGUUGCUACAUUGAUCAAGGUAAGCCACCUUGUUCAGACCCUCAAAAGCAUAUGUUCUGGGAUGUAUAUCAUUCGACCCAAAACUCAAAUAAGUAUAUGGCAAAUUGGAUUAUUCAAGACAUCGUCUUGAAGUUUGGAUGCAAGUGA